UUCCCUUUCACAAUCAUCGUACAAGCAACGGGGCAACACAACGUUGACUUUUUGGUCGACACAACCAAACCACGUCUUUUCCGAAGCAUCAUCCUCGUAGAGUGGAAGAUCUUGAUAUCGUGGCUUGAUCAUCUUGAAGUGAAAGAUUUGCAUGUUUAUCCCAAUUUCAGUUCACUGCCUUCUAAUAACCUCCCAUCCCAGGAAGCUGCCUGCCAGUCGUUGUGAUUACUUAGAUUGUUCGAGUCGUGACAAAAAACUUGGGCAGUUCACUUUCCAACAAAUUGGAUAAAUCCGAUAGUGCACUGCACGGAACUGGUUGUGGUUUUUCGAGACAUCGAAUUAUUGUUUCGUCCAAAUUAUCUAUUUGAAAGUAAGGGGAGAAAGAAACAGUUAUUUGGACGACGAGUGGAAUGUGGCAGAGGAUGCAGCAGUCGUGAGUGAGUAAGCGUCCAUAUUAUGGCGAAAUUCUUCUCCCGUGCGUUGGCAGGAUGUAGCCUCAGUGAAGUGAAAAUUGAUAAGUGACUGAGUUCUGGUCUGGACGGAUUGAAGGGGGGAAGAACGUUACUUCGUAAAAAAUGAGCGGUCACACGUUCCGACGAGGGAUGACCUUCGUCACUUUUAUAACUUGUUGUGCGUCAUUAGCCCUGCUUUUGGCCGCGCUGAGCACGCAGCACUGGAUUGUGGCUCGUGCAAGGAGGACAACGUCGAGCUCUUCAGAAGGACAUCUUAAUCUUGGAUUGUUCUAUGGGAGGAAAAAUCUGAAUGUGGCGUACGGCUGGAGACCUUCUGAUAUUAAUGUAAUUGAAAUGUUGAACAGUGACAGCCAUUUUAUGAGUUACGGCCUCUGGGUGACCACCAUCGGGUGCGUCUGCAUGGCCAUACUUUUCGCCGUUUUCUCCGCAGUAUUUGCCCUCAUAAAUACUGCAACAACUCCGGUAGAAGCCAUAACCGGAAUACCUGGACUCUACCUUUGGAACGCUUGUGCUCUUGCAAGCAAUCUGGGGACACUGAUAUCCUGGGGGAUCCAAUACCAUCUCAAACUUCGCCAUAAUAUUUUGCCAUUGGAGGAUCGAAAGAACAACUGGACGUCGGAGGGGCUGGCCGUGCUUGGCUAUUCGUUUUGGUUCGUGGUGGGUGCGGCAAUCAUUCACAUUUUGAACCUCGUCCUCGUUUUCCUCGGAGCCCAUCAGAACAACUCAGAAAUCCAUCGGAUGCACAAACCCAUCCAGGAAGAGAAAACCAACGGUGCCAUUAUGUUGUACUAAAUAAUAGUAGUAAUUUCCUACCAUUUUGUUAUACCCAUCAUUCAGUACUUAUUAGCUACACACAGGUGUCAUCGGUUAGUACAUUUAUAAUUAUACAAUUAAUUAAUAACUAUUAUGCUGUUGCUGCUACUACUCGGAAGAAUCACAAUCCAUUAUUAUUCACACAAACUGUUCGUUCUUCAAGGGAAAGUUCUCAGGAUCUUAAUUAUUAAUGGUACAAGAAGACGUACCAUUUGAGUUUACUUGAUUUUUGUUGAGGAUAAGUAAAUGGAUCACGGAAUGUCGCCUUGCUUUACCUGUAAGACUGUUAAGCGUACUUAUUUAUUUAGGAUUUUAGUAAUAAUUAGAAGUUCCUACAAAGUUCUUGAUGUCAUUCAGUAAGUAGGACAUGAAAUAGAUAGUUUAUCGAAAUUGGAAAGUUUGGAUUAAUUAAAUAUUUUCCAGUAUUAGCUUAGCGGCCAAAUUGUAAUAAUAAUUAAAAUUAAUACUUUGUUUUUUAGUAAUAUGUAGUUCACCAAGUGUACUCAUGAAAUGAAAGUGGUUUCACAGCACACUCCCACACUUUGUCCCGAGCAAAUAAACGAACUGAAUAACAAA